GUCAUCAUUAUCAUCGCUUCGCUGUUGGGAAAUAUCACAGUUUGUGUGGUCAUACUGACCACCAGAUCCCUGCGGCAAUCCAUCAACUCGUGCUUCAUCCUCUCCCUGGCAGUUUCUGAUCUGAUAACAACUUGUCUGGUGAUGCCGUUUGACUUGGAGCAGAUCAUUUCAUUCGGGCGCUGGAGACAUGGUGAGAUCAUGUGCAAUGUAUGGACGACAACAUACUUAAUUGCUGUACCCACGUCCAUUCUCAGCUUGUUGGCUUUGACAGUUUAUCGAUACCGACUCCUACAAGAACCUCUGGACAUCUACAAGGCAUCGCCACUGAUGACUCGCAGGCGCGCCUCUAUAGUCGUUUGCUGUUUAUGGGCAUACUCCAUACUCUUUUCAUUCGCCCCAGUCUUUGGCUGGAAAUGGCGUCCGAGAAGUGUUUACUUUGAGUACUGUUAUUUCAAUGUCUCUUUGACUUAUUCAGUCUUGAGUUCGAUGAUAAAUUUUGUGACACCAGUUAUAAUAGCUUCCCUUCUUAACUGCAGAAUGUUCUGCCUCGCAAUCAAGCGGUCGCAUACUCAGAAAGCUGGCCGCAGAAAUGGCAAGACUCAUCAAAACCCAACAAGACCUACUAAUCCAGUCCAAGACAGCGCCAUUUCACCCCAAAAAGAACAACAGCUCGUUGAAUCCAUGCGAUUACAACAUGAAGCCAUCCUCAUCAGAAAACUACAACGAAGGAACAUUCGCGCAGCCAAGACAACGUUUCUAAUCGUUUUCUCGUUCGUGGUCUGUUGGCUGCCUCACUCAUUUCUUAGCAUCAUUAUCAUUUUGUGCAGGACGUGUGCUUUAAAGAUCCCAUACUAUCUUCCCUGGAUCUUUCUCAUGAUGGGUUAUCUUAAUUCAGCUAUUAACCCCGUUUUGUACAGCUUUCGGAGUUCUGAAUUUAAGAAGGCGUUUAAAGAUUUCAAUAGAAAGAAGCGCCUCUUUCGAGGUGCACAAAUCCGGGCCAAGGUCGCGCGCGCUAUAUCUAUGAAAAGGCGUGCAGUACCACUACAAAAUAUACCUUCCACUGACGAUUUCGGAGUUAAUUUGACAUUUUACAAUCAAUUUAAUAGUACUAAGGAGAUUUCUGAAGUAAAUUUGUAA